UUCACAGUCCUUUGUGAACCGGAAUGAUAUGGUUUCACCUUGGGUGCACAGCGCUGUUGAAAGGCACACGUUUGAUUUUAGCUUGUAAUGUGGCAUUCAAAUGAACGGUACAUGGCACUGUAGGACUGCAGCGCGUCUGACUGUUCGUCAUACAAAGGAGAAACAUGAAACAAGACGUCAGGAUACUCUUGUUGGGGGAGCCCAAGGUGGGGAAGACAUCCCUCAUCAUGUCUUUGGUGGGAGAAGAAUUCCCAGAGGAGGUUCCCCCCAGAGCUGAAGAGAUCACCAUCCCUGCUGACGUGACUCCAGAGAAGGUUCCCACACACAUAGUGGACUAUUCAGAAAAAGAGCAGACUGAUGAAGUCCUCAGAAAUGAGAUCACCAAGGCUAAUGUGGUGUGUGUGGUGUAUGAUGUCACCAAUGAGGAAACAAUAGACAAGAUCAAAACUAAAUGGAUACCUUUAGUGAACGGUGACGCAGAGAAAGGGAACAAAGUUCCCAUCAUCCUUGUGGGAAACAAGUCUGAUCUACGCUGUGGAAGCUCAAUGGAAACCAUUCUUCCCAUAAUGAAUCAGUUCUCUGAGAUUGAAACAUGUGUUGAGUGUUCUGCAAAGAACUUGAAAAACAUUUCAGAGCUAUUCUACUAUGCACAGAAGGCCGUUCUUCACCCCACUGCCCCUCUUUAUGACCCUGAGGACAAACAGCUGAAACAACUGUGUGUCCGCGCCCUUAGCAGGAUAUUUUACAUUUCCGACCAGGACAAUGACCGUAUCCUCAGUGACGCUGAACUCAACUGCUUUCAGAAAUCUUGUUUUGGGAAUCCUCUGGCACCUCAAGCCUUAGAAGAUGUGAAGACAGUAGUUUGGAAGAACACCAGUGAUGGUGUGCAGGACAAUGGCCUGACCCUAAAUGGUUUCUUGUUCCUGAAUACGUUAUUUAUCCAGAGGGGCCGGCAUGAAACCACGUGGACUAUCCUCCGGAAGUUUGGUUAUGACGACAACCUUGAGCUGACUGACGAUUAUCUUUACCCUGAACUACGUGUUUCUGUCGGCUGCACCACAGAGUUUAGUCAUUUAGGUCACCAGUUUCUCCAGCGGCUGUUUGACAAGUACGAUGAAGACAAAGACUCUGCUCUUUCACCGACGGAGCUCCGGAACCUGUUUUGCGUAUGUCCUUACAUGCCAUGGGGUGCAGAGGUCUACAUGACUGUCCCAACCACAGACGAGGGCUACAUCUCUAACCACGGCUACCUUUGUCAGUGGACGCUCUCUGCGUACUUUGACAUCAACCGUUGCCUGGAGCACCUAGGAUACCUAGGUUACCCUAUCCUCACUGAGCAGGACUCACAGACUGCCGCAAUUACAGUCACACAGGAGAAAGAGGUGGACCUGGAGAAACGUCAGACACAGCGGUCAGUGUUCCACUGCAAGGUGAUCGGACCGCGGGGGACUGGCAAGACCGCCUUUCUCCAGACCUUUGUGGGCCGCAACGUUGGGAAUAAAAGAAAUUCCAGCAGUGCCUUUUCCCCUUACGCCAUAAACACUGUCCAAGUCAGCAAUCAGGAGAAGUACCUCAUACUCAAUGAGGUGGAUGUGGAGGUAGAGUUCCUGAAGGCAUCAGACGCCAACUGUGAUGUUGCUUGUCUCAUGUAUGAUGCCAGUGACUCUCAUUCCUUUGACUAUUGUGCCAGUAUCUACAAGCAACACUACAUGGAGAGCAACAUCCCAUGUGUGCUGGUCGCCUCCAAGGUGGACCUUCCUGGGGUCAAGCAGUUCCACGGGAUGACUCCAGCAGAGUUCUGUUAUAAACACCAACUGCCUCCACCUCUGCCCUUCUCCAGCCUUUUCCCCGACUCCACCAGCAAGAACAUCUACAGCCGGCUUGCCUGUGCAGCAGUAUACCCACACCUGAAUGGUUCCAACGUGAGCAACACAUCGUUUUGGCUGAGAGUGGCGUUGGGCUCGGCUGUGGUUGCAGUUCUCGGCUUUGCCGUCUUCAGAGUUGUCGCCAGACUGAAAUGAUCAACAAUCAGCUGAGCGUCUUUUUUUUCCAGCCUGAUGCUCCAUCAAUUGAGACAAACCAUCGGAGACAAUAUUCAAAGCCACGGCAUCGUUUUACUCCCCCCCCCCCCCCCCCCCCCCCCCCCCCCCCAAAAGGCUCUACGGAAAUUCUUCAUAUCUUUGCCCCUCUUUACUUUGUCUUUCGCUCUGAGUCAGCUGAUUGCAGCACCCUGAAGGCAGCUGGAAGCUGGUGAUCAUAUUAUUCCCCACGCUGCUGUGCCCAGCUUGUUCUGCCUUACGUUGUCCAACCAGGUUAAGUAGGAGUUAGCCUGUCACCGAUCGGUGCACCAAGAACUGUUCAGAUCCAAACCGGUGCUUUAUCAAAGGGUUGGAAAUGCAGCAAGAUAUUUCCGUCUAAUCUGUAUUCAAUUAUGUGUCAGGUGUAAAGGAUGAGCUUGGGGAGUUUUUAUAAAUAUACUGUGUUUCUUUAGCAUAAUAUAGAAAAAUGCCAAAUUGGCUAGACUGAAGAACCAAAGUUCAGCACACGGGGCAUACUGGCUGCUACUGAAUAUCUCCAAUGAACUCUUCCUUCUGACCAUGCCACCUCUGAUACUAGAUAUUAUUAUCUGAUUUGUCAAAUAACUCUAGCUUCAAUGAGUAGUCAAAGCAUGUUAUUUGCCCCUGAUGCAUAUUUUUAUGGCUGAAAAUGAAACAUUUGAAUGUGUUUAGCAGUAAGGCCUUCCUCCACUCAUCGCCUGUGUGCAUGAAGAAGAAUGGUGGUUCGUUUUUUCAUCUGCCAAAAGUCUGAACCUAUUUUAUCCAGUAAAAGGAGGCCGGGCAAACCUUAAAUAACUGGUUAAAUUAAUCUCUGCUUCUUUCUGUUCACAUUGAAAUGGAAUUCAUUGACUUUUUGAUUUAGACUGAAAUGGGUUGAUGAUCUGUGAAUUUUGUUCUAUUCAUAUACUCCUACACGUUGACCUUCUUACAUGAUCUGCCAUUGCCAUUUCCAACAUGACUCAGUCAGGUUGUGUGUAUAUUUUGUUGCUUAAUUUAGCCGGGGACCUGCUGUUUCUGCAGAAUACACUUCUGUGACUUUUAAAAUAUGGGCUGUUUUUAUUGAAGUUGAACUGAUUUAAAUGCUUAAUAAAAGACCAGACUAGACUGGAUGGGGAGCUUUUGCCCAAAAGACGUUA